AUGUCCACUGUAUCCGGCAGCGGCACUGGGAAAGACUGGCCCAAGCAUCAUGAUGAUAAUCAUGACCCUUUCUCUGCCCCUCAUAUCUACUAUGGGGAGCAGAACCUCAACGCCAUAGGUGGUAGGCCAAGAACCUUGUCUGCGACUUAUGACAAGCACACACUAGCUCCUACAUCUGGAGGUCUGGCACUACCACUAUCAAAGCCAGUCCGGAGAUCUUCAGCAGAUGAUUAUAACGCACAUAAUCCUAGAAAAUUUUUAAUCAAUGUCGAAUCUACUUACAGGAGCUUGCUUGCAUCUGAAGACACGGACGGCAACUUUCAAAUUACAAUUGAGGAUGGUGGGCCGAAGGUACUCUCAUUAGGAACCGCAAACUCCAAUGGCUAUAAUCACAGUCAAGUUCGUGGGACUUACAUGCUAUCAAACCUUCUACAAGAGCUUACAUUGGCAAUUGACUACGGACGCAAACACAUCGUCCUUGACGAGGCCCGCUUAAAUGAGAACCCAGUUGCUCGCCUCCGUCGGUUGAUAAAACAUAGCUUCUGGGACGGUCUGACUCGGAGAAUUGAUGCAAGUGUUAUUGAUAUCGUUGCUAAAGACCCAAAGGCCGAGAGGAUGAAGGAUCCUAGGCCAAGAAUUUACGUUCCUAGAGGGGCACCGGACCAGUUGAAAUAUUACCAACGGAUAGCCAAGGAGCAACCUGAAUUAGAUCUCGACGUUGUGGAGCUUCCAGAGCAGAUCACGGCAGAAUACACAAAGAGCAUCAACGACAAGCCAGGACUACUCGCAUUGGCCAUGGAAAAGUAUGUCGACGAUGAUGGCAAAGAGCAAAUGAGAGGCUGGCCAUUUGUGGUCCCCGGUGGUAGAUUCAAUGAGCUAUACGGCUGGGAUAGUUACAUGAUCGCCUUGGGCCUUCUGAUUGAUGAUCGUACCGACCUUGCUAAAGCUAUGGUCGUCAACUUUUGCUUCGAAAUUGAGCAUUACGGCAAAAUUUUGAACGCGAAUCGCUCAUAUUAUCUUUCGCGUUCGCAGCCACCAUUCCUAACCGACAUGACGCUCCGUGUAUUCAAGAAGAUCCAACACCUCGAAGGAUCCACCGAGUUUCUUAAAACCUCAACCCUUGCAGCUAUAAAGGAGUAUUUUACUGUAUGGGUUUCAGAACCUCGACUAGAUCCGAUUUCUGGAUUGAGCAGGUAUCGCCCUGAUGGUCUUGGCGUUCCUCCUGAGACUGAACCUAGCCACUUUGACUCUCAUCUGGGACCAUAUGCCAAGAAACACGGAAUGUCAAUCGAGGAUUUUAUCGUCGCCUACAAUGAUGGCGUCAUCAAAGAGCCAGCUUUGGAUGAAUAUUUCCUUCAUGAUCGUGCUGUUCGUGAAUCUGGGCAUGAUACGAGCUAUCGCCUGGAGGGUGUUUGCGCUAAUUUGGCAACGAUUGACCUUAAUUCAUUGCUUUAUAAGUACGAGACAGACAUCGCUAAGGUGAUUGAAACAUACUUCGGUGGACGCUUGGUUAUUCCGCAGGAGUUUUCAGCCAAGGGGCACCCAGAUCUUCAAACAGGGUCUGUCCAUACAUCUGGUGCUUGGGAACGUAGGGCCAAGAGGCGCAAGAUGUUGAUCGAUAGGUACUUGUGGAACGAAGAAAAAUGCAUGUACUUUGAUUACGAUACGGUAGCGAAGAAACAGAUCAAGUAUGAAUCUGCCACUACAUUUUGGGCCAUGUGGGCAGGAGUCAGCUCUCCAAAGCAAGCUACCAAAAUGGUAGAAACUGCCAUGAAACUGUUUGAGGAGCACGGAGGUUUAGUAAGUGGUACAGAGAAGAGUAGGGGUAGAAUUGGUUUAGACAGGCCCAACCGGCAAUGGGAUUAUCCUUACGGAUGGGCUCCUCAGCAGAUUCUUGCUUGGGUUGGUCUUGAGCGUUAUGGCUACAAGGAAGAAGCAGAGCGUCUUGCUUACCGUUGGCUCUACAUGAUUACAAAAGCCUUCGUAGAUUACAAUGGUGUAGUCGUGGAGAAAUAUGACGUGACCCGCCCUAUCGACCCGCACCGUGUUGACGCAGAGUAUGGAAACCAAGGGCUGGAUUUUAGAGGUGUUGCAAGAGAAGGGUUUGGUUGGGUGAAUGCCUCCUACCAACUUGGACUUACCAUUAUCAACUCCCAUAUGAGGCGUGCCCUUGGCGCCUGUGUCGCUCCAUCCGAUUUCUUUUCCGCUACAGACUCCGAAAGGGAACUCCUACUCCUCAAAUGGGGUGCUAGUCCUCCAGAUACCCCCGAAGAGAGCCCCGCAGAACCCUUGUUCUUUGGUUCCCCUCCUAAAUAA